UCUUCCCAUGGCACAGAGAGGUGAGGGGGGGGAAGUCAACAGCGAUGAAGGGAGGGUUGGGCACUCGGACCACAGGGGUGGUGGUGGUUCUAAGGGUGGUGGGAUGGAUGAGUUGUCGACCGGAGGGGAUGAGUCGGCGGCUAAAGCGAUGUCAGGGGAAGGGGAAGUGCUGACAGAGAGACCUUGGGAGGAAGGGAAAAAGAGGUCGGGUGGGGACGUUGAAGUUGGAGACUCACGUCAGACAAGGGAAGUGCUAUCUAAGAAUGUACAGCAAGACAUCCGAGGAUGCGCAACGGACAGAGGCUGAGGUCUCUGGGGGAGAGGGUGGAUGGCCUGAGGGC